AUGGCAACAACAUCGUAUACUUCCUCGGCUGGAACAUUUAUGUUUCACGCUCGUCCGACUGUUUUUGAACAUCCGAUUACAUAUAAUCUUCCGUCAACGAAUAACUCAACAACCACAACUACUAACAAAUUGGAGAAAAACGACUUCUCUCAGUACUAUAUUACACUUGAAGCGCGCACAACGAUUCAUAAAUCAGCCAAAGGACCAAUUUCAGUCGCCGAAUGUGAACCGCAAGGAAAAUACAUUAUCGUUGAAAAUACGAGUCGUUCGAAAAGCAUCGCACUGUCGGGUUGGACUCUACAACAAGAAAAUGAUAAUGGCGAGCUUCUCACAUACUCAUUUCCUGAAAAUUGUCUCUUAAGAUCGAACCAAUCAAUAAAAAUUCUUUCAAAAUCAAAUGAAACAGAACGAAGAAAUGGCGAUCUUAUUGCUUCAUUAUUGUCUUCAUGGCAUACGAGUUCAAAUGUAGUUACAAAAUUAAUCAAUGCCGAUGGCAAGGUAAAACAUAAACACUCCACAUUUAAUCAAUGUUAG